CAUUAUAUAUAUAAACACCCUUUUAAGUUCUCCUCAACUUCAUUCUCCAUUACCUUACUAUAUGGGUCUUGAUUUCGCAAAGAUGGAAAAUGGAUCCGAAUUUGAUUACUGCUUCAACUUUGAAGAAAACCCAUUUGGAAAGUGAGAUGCUUUAAUCAUGUUUUUGCUUUUAAGUUUGGGGUUCUUUUUGUUCCUUAAUGUUUUUGUUUUCUGGGUUCAUUUACCGCAGGGUGGAAUUUGAAGUAGACAGUUUUUACGAUUUCAAUUCACCUGCAUUGCUUCCCCAUCCUCAGGCCGACAAUUUAUGCAUUCAGUUCAUGGAUUUUGAAGAGAUAAGCAGUGACUUCGCUCUUUUUGAUCAGAAUGAAGAUAUCAUGGUUGAUGCAAAGCCUAUAAAGGCGGUAGUGGAUUCAUUUGACCACCAUUGUGGCAAUACUACGAACAGUGGUGGUUCAAGUACUGAAGCAUCGAGAGUGAUUCAUGAGAUUGAGUAUGGGGAUUCACAUGGACAGAAAAUAAGGAGUUUCAGAAGGAAGAGGACAGCUUCAUUGGAAUUAGAUGAGAUUCAAAAGUACUUUGAUUUUCCAAUAUCUAAAGCUGCUAAAGAGAUGAAUGUGGGGCUGACUUUGUUGAAGAAGAGAUGCAGGGAACUCAACAUCAUGAGAUGGCCUCAUAGGAAGAUCAAGAGCUUGAAAUCUCUCAUUCACAAUGUCAAGGAGCUUGGAUUGACUAAUGAGAUAGUGAUGUUGGAGGAGCACCAAAGGAUGCUAGAGAAAGUGCCAGAUCUGGAAUUAACCGACAGAACCAAGAAGCUUAGGCAGGCUUGUUUCAAAGCUAAUUACAAGAAAAGGUCCCUUGCCUCUUGUUAUUGACUGCCAUGCCAUUCACUGCUUACUUUUCUGCUAUAGU